CCCAACCCUCGGCUGUACCCAUCUAGGUCUCUACCCCAGGGAGCCCAGUACAACAUCAGCGCCCUGGUCACCACUGCUACUAAGACCUUCCUGUGUUACAAUCGCCUACAGGCACUCAUCACCAGCAUCCGUCGCUUCUACCCAAAGGUCACCGUGGCCAUCGCCGACGACAGCGACAAGCCAGAGAGCAUUAGCGGUCCCCACAUCGAGCACUAUCUCCCUUUUUGCAAGGGCUGGUUCGCAGGCCGGAACCUGGCCGUAUCCCAGGUAACCACCAAGUACGUCCUGUGGGGGGACGACGACUUCGUGUUCACCGCGCGGACGCGGCUGGAGAGGCUUGUGGACGUGCUGGAGCGGACAUCGCUGGACCUGGUGGGUGGCGCGGUGCACGAGAUCUCCGGCUUUGCCACCACCUACUGGCAGCUGCUGAGCGUGGAGCCUGGCGCGCAAGGCCGCGGGAACUGCCUCCAGCAAAGGCGCGGCUUCCACCACGAGCUCAUCAGCUUUCCAGGCUGCGUGGUGACUGACGGCGUGGUCAGCUUCUUCCUGGCGUGCACCGACAAGGUGCGCGAGGUUGGUUUCGACCCGCGCCUUAGCCGCGUGGCGCAUCUGAAAUUCUUCCUGGAUGGGCUUAGUUCCCUUCGAGUGGGCUCCUGCUCAGACGUCGUUGUGGAUCACGCAUCUAAGUUGAAGCUGCCUUGGACAUCAAGGAAUGUGGGGACAGAGACUUAUGCCCGUUACCGCUACCCAGGAUCACUGGAUGAAAGUCAGGUGGCCGAAUACCGCCUACUCUUCUUCAAACACCAGCUGCAGCCCAUGACCUCGGAAUGA